GCGGCCGGCAGGCGCCGGCCAAUCGCGAGCACGGAGCCCGUCCGGGGGCGGGGCCGGCGCUUGCUCAGCCAAUCGGGGGCGGAGGCGGAGCCGGACGCUGGGGGCGGACGCGAGGACUGGAGGACGCUAGCAGCGGCCGGUGGGGACGGCGCUCGGCGGCGGCCUCCGGCCAUGGCCACCGUAAUGGCAGCGACGGCGGCGGAGCGGGCGGUGCUGGAGGAGGAGUUUCGCUGGCUGCUGCACGACGAGGUGCACGCGGUGCUGAGGCAGCUGCAGGACAUCCUCAAGGAGGCCUCUCUGCGCUUCACUCUGCCAGGCUCAGGCACUGAGGGGCCGGCCAAGCAAGAGAACUUCAUCCUAGGCAGCUGUGGCACAGACCAGGUGAAAGGCGUGCUGACUCUGCAGGGGGAUGCCCUCAGCCAGGCGGAUGUGAACCUUAAGAUGCCCCGGAACAACCAACUGCUGCACUUCGCCUUCCGGGAGGACAAGCAGUGGAAGCUGCAGCAGAUCCAGGAUGCUAGGAACCAUGUGAGCCAAGCCAUUUACCUGCUCACCAGCCGGGAUGAGAGCUACCAGUUCAAAACGGGCGCUGAGGUCCUCAAGCUGAUGGACGCAGUGAUGCUGCAGCUGACCAGAGCCCGAAACCGGCUCACCACCCCCGCCACCCUCACUCUGCCCGAGAUCGCUGCCAGCGGCCUCACGCGGAUGUUCGCCCCUGCCCUACCCUCCGACCUGCUGGUCAACGUCUACAUCAACCUCAACAAGCUCUGCCUCACGGUGUACCAGCUACACGCCCUGCAGCCCAACUCCACCAAGAAUUUCCGCCCUGCCGGAGGCGCGGUGCUGCACAGCCCAGGGGCCAUGUUUGAGUGGGGCUCUCAGCGCCUGGAGGUGAGCCAUGUGCACAAGGUGGAGUGUGUGGUCCCCUGGCUCAACGACGCCCUGGUCUACUUCACUGUCUCCUUGCAGCUCUGCCAGCAGCUCAAGGACAAGGUCUCUGUGUUCUCCAGCUACUGGAGCUACAGACCCUUCUGAGCACGGCGCCCAGGAGCCUGUCCUCAGGAAGGUGACCCCAGUCCCUACUCAAACCCGUGCCAGCACCAGCCAACACCAGGCUGCUAUUUAUCUCCCAUACCACACCCCUCCCCCACCUAACACAUUUGCACUGCUGGGAGCAGACACUGGAAAUGCCAGGAGGAAGGGAGGCUGGUCUGGUGGCGUGUUAGUAGGAGGUCAGGAAGGUGGGGCCGAGACGGUCCCAUAUUCCCAACCCCGCCCUCCUGGUCACCAUGGGAAUCUUUGAACUCAGGGCAGGGCCAGGCCCAGGGCUCUCCUUCCUCUCCCCUUCACUGUCCCCUCCCCCUGGAGGGCAUAGGUUAGGUGGUGGCACUGAGCUAUGAGUCCCAGGAGAUGGGCAGAAACAGUGCAGACAUAGCCACCCCAGGAGUGAAUGUAGCGCUGGUGCCUGUGUGUUCCACAGCCCCGACCCAGGAUCCUCUAAGAAAUAAAGAUUAUCAGACUCCAA